CGGUAGCUUUCGGCACCGCGGCUGAGCCGCAAUCAUCGACUGCCGGCAUCCUCGUGCCUGGGCUUCAUAUAUCUCCGGAAGCCUCGCGCGAGUCCCGAAGGCGUUGUGCCACCACACCUUCUGUGACAAGUCAUGGCGCCCACCUCGACAGCAGUGCGCAGCCCAGCGCGGCAACAGAACACGCUGCGCAAGCUCGAGGAGCCCAUACCGUUACUACUUCGCCCAGUACUGCGCGCGUUCAUCUUGGGGUACGGCUCCGCGGUCGCGCCACGGGUCCUAACCCUUGUCCUGCAGCAUGUGUCCCGGUUGCGGCAGAGAAGCAAGAACGCUGCGGCGGCGAAAGGACGGGUGGAUGGCGUUAGCUGCGCGCCUCACGAGCCUUUCUUUGUGUCUCUGGGUCGCCUUCUGCGCGGUGGGCUGGACCCGCAGCGGUUUCCGACAUUCUGUGCAGCUUUGGUAGGAGGAUCAACGUUGUUCGAGGUGAUAAUAUCAAAAGCUCUGAGUACAUGGGCGCAGUCUAUAAGCCCACUAGCCCGGAUAAGGCUCUCACGGUGGUUCGCUACCUUCACUGCAUCCUGGCUCAGCCUGACGCUCUUGCAAUCGAAACCGAGCCAGGCAUUCUCAGCUACGGUGGUCGAGCAUGCCGAAGGCGCAACAAGCCCGAAAGAGAAGACCAUCAGAUAUGCCGGGCGCAGUCUAGACCUUACCCUCUUCGCAGUCACAAGAGCGCUGGACGUGAUUGUGGGCGAGCUGUGGGCGCGGAGGAAACAACGCCGUCUCGCAGCUGGCAAGUCAUGGACUGCUGCCGAGUCGGCGUUGUCCAAGCUCGCAGACCCAGCCAUGUUUGCUACCUCGUGCGCCUUCAUCAUGUGGGCAUGGUUCUACCAUCCUUACAAGCUUCGCCGCGCAUACUACAGCUGGAUCAAGUCGGCCGCUGCCGUCGACCUGCGCCUCAUCAAAGCCCUGCAGCGAUGCCGUUCCGGCGAGCUCCGGUACGGCGAGGACACAGGCCAGGCUCCUCUCUUGCAAGAGAUGUGCCGUGACUACAAGUGGCCGCUCGCGUGGGGCGAUCCCGCAGUCGCCGUCCCCUUCCCCUGCGAGAUGGUGCACAUGGGCCGCGGCCCGUCGUGCGAGUACCACGCCCUCGCGAGGUUUCUCCGGUCUUUCAAGUGGGCAAUGGCGACCUAUCUCCCGCUGAACCUCAUCCUCGUCGCCCGCAGUCCCGGCCUGGCAUCGCUCAGGAAGUCGGUCAAGUCGGCGGCGCGCUCGUCCGCCUUCCUCGGCGCCUACAUCGCCCUGUUCUACUACGGCGUCUGCCUCGCUCGCACGCGCCUCGGCCCGCACGUACUCGGCAAGGACACGGCGGCCCGCCAGCGGAUCGACAGCGGGAUCUGCGUCGGCACGGGCUGCGCCCUGUGCGGGUGGAGCAUCCUGAUCGAGAAGCCCGGGCGGGUGGCCAACAUUGGCCUGUUCGUCGCGCCGCGCGCCAUGGCGACCCUCCUGCCCAGGCGGUACCCGUGGGACAAGCAGUGGCGCGAGACGGCAGUCUUCGCGGCCAGCACGGCCGUCGUCUUCACCUGCGUGCUCGAGAACAAGGCCCGGGUGCGCGGGUUCUUGGGGACCGUGCUGGCGACGGUGCUGGAGCCGUAAAGAGGUGUGGCUGGUGGCUUUGCCCCGGAGCAGGGCAUGCUCAACGGCGGGCGGGCGGUUCGGUCAAAGGACAGCCUGGAUAAUCCUCUGACGGACACCACAACUUUCUCGUGUUUAUAACUCUUCGUGUAAAAAGUUUGGUUAAAAGUUGAUGUAAUACUGAUUGUAAAACCAUGCCCUAGUCGCCAAAAUUUAAGGAUAACCAUCAUUUCUG